AUGUCGUCGCCAUCGCUCCAUCGCUUACAGCCGCAGCUCCGGCGAGCUCUGGCAGCUAGGUUGCCCUGCGCGUCCGCCAGGACGUUCGCCACCAUCCCCGGCGAGGCUUCCGAAGCCACCCCACCAUCCGGACAGACCAAGGCGCGUCGUCCGACAUAUUUCAAGGACACCACUGUCGGCUCCUUUUCCGACUUUGUUGGCGACUCAGCCCCCCACGCCGCUUUCCCCGACCGAUGCCUACACGUUGCGCACCGCCGAGGCAACAACAACUUUAAGAAAAUCAAAUCUGAUCUUCGUGGCCUCGGCCUUCACACAGUGUGCGAGGAGGCGCGGUGCCCUAAUAUCUCGGAGUGCUGGGGCGGCUCGAACAAGGCGUCCGCGACCGCCACCAUCAUGCUGAUGGGCGAUACGUGUACUCGUGGUUGCCGCUUCUGCAGCGUCAAGACGAACCGGAAACCGCCGCCUCUCGACCCGCAUGAGCCGGAGCACACGGCCGAGGCGCUGAGUCGGUGGGGGCUGGGCUACGUGGUUUUGACGAGUGUGGACCGCGAUGACCUGGCAGAUGGAGGUGCUAGGCACUUUGCUGAGACGAUACGGAGGAUCAAGGCGAAGCGGGCGGAGCUUUUGGUCGAAGCUCUCACGGGUGAUUUCGCCGGCGACUUGGAGAUGGUCAAGAUUGUGGCGGAGAGCGGUCUCGACGUAUAUGCCCACAACGUCGAGACAGUCGAGGCCCUAACGCCCUAUGUAAGAGAUCGCAGGGCGACGUUUAGGCAGAGUCUCAAAGUGCUCGAGGAGGUGAAGAGGGUGCGUGGCAAAGAGGGCAUCAUCACCAAAACCAGCAUCAUGCUUGGCCUUGGCGAGCAGGAACACGAAGUCAUGGACGCUCUACGAGAACUUCGCAAGGUUGACGUCGACGUUGUCACAUUUGGCCAGUACAUGCGCCCCACCAAGCGCCAUCUCAAGGUGGAAAAAUACGUUACUCCUGAUGAGUUUGACAUGUGGAGGGAGCGCGCCAUGGACAUGGGCUUCCUGUACUGCGCAAGCGGGCCGCUCGUUCGCUCUUCGUACAAGGCUGGCGAGGCCUUUAUCGAAAACGUGCUCAAGAAGCGCGCGGGGCAAAAGGCGGUUGAUCCGCAGAAGCUGAGCGAUGCCAUGGCUUUGGGUGGCCAGGGCAUCGAGUCAGUCAAGGAGAACUAA